AUGGGCUCCGCAGCGAACACCGUGGACCGGCCAGCGCUGGCGUCCAACCCCAAGUACAUCUUCUUUACCGACUUUGAUGGCACCAUCACCCUGCAGGAUACCAAUGACUACAUGACCGACCACAUUGGCUUUGGCGAAGCACUUCGCCGGAAGGGCAACGGCGACGUCCUCAGCGGCGCGCGUGACUUCCGCGAUUCGUUCCGGGAGAUGAUGGACUCGAUCCGCACCACCUCGUUCGAGGACUGCAUCGCCCUCCUCAAGAAGAACAUCAAGCUUGACCCCCACUUCAAGACCUUUUUUGACUGGGCCGACGGCGCCAACGUGCCCAUUGUCAUCCUCAGCGGCGGCAUGGAGCCCAUCAUUCGCGGCCUGCUGAGCAACUGGCUCGGCGAGGACGCCGUCCGCCGCCGGCUCCAGAUUGUCAGCAACAACGUGGCCGCGCGCGAGCCGGGCGUCAAGGACCUGUACAAGGACGCUGGCGGCUGGAAGCUGGUGUACCACGACGACAGCUCCUUUGGCCACGACAAGUCGAUUGAGAUCCGCAAGUACUCCCGCAACGCCGACGGCAGUGUCACGGCCGCCUCGGAGCGCCCCGUCAUCUUCUACGCCGGCGACGGCGUGUCGGAUCUGUCGGCGGCGCGCGAGACGGACCUGAUGUUCGCCAAGGCGGGCAAGGACCUGGUCGAGUACUGCAAGCGGGAGAACGUGCCGUACACCGAGUUUACGGAUUUCAGCGACAUCGCCAAGGAUGUCGAGAGCAUUGUCGAGGGUCGGGCCACGGUGGCCGACGUUUUGGCGAGAAAACAGUAA